GCAGCCAGUCGCGAGGGUCGCACUGUGGACCUGCCGAAGGUUCUGCCGCGUUAAACAUGGCGCGGCUCCGGCGCCGGUGAUGCUAGCCUGUUACCCACCUAGCUUGCAAGCCGGUUAGCCUGUCAGGCAGCUAGCCCGUUAGCCGACUAGCCUGCUAGCCGAGGCUGCGGAGACUGCGUCACUCGGGCAAACCGAGCGUCCGGCGUGCUACCGCGUUAGGAUGCGGGGGAUUGCGGAGUUUUCUUGACGCGGGCAACGAUUCCUUCCAAACGUGUCGCUUCGGUGCGUUGAGAAGGAACAGAAAACAAAGCCUUAACGCGUGCCCGUGAUGGCGGCCGGCAGACGGGCCAUUGAGGUAUGGCCCACAACUGAUGCAGAAGGUGCUGGCAAUGGCAGAUGGGCUUCAUGUUGGCGCGAUGCCCUCUACUCAGCUGGCUGCAGGAGCUGAAGCAAAAAAAAGGCCGGGUACAUCAGAUGGCAGGGAAGAGCCGGUGAGGAAGAUGCCUGUGUCCAAGUUUGGUCCCAGACCACGAUUUGAGCCCGUGCACUUUGUGAGCAGCGGCGUGGGCGGAGGAACGUUUGGCAGCACCGACGAGAAGGAGAACGAGAAGGACCGCAGGAGAGGCGAGGCGUACGGCACCAGGCAGAGGGAUGCCAACAACUCCAGUUUUCACGGAGGCAGGCCCUACGGGUCACCAGCUGCGUACCCUGCCUUCCGCAGAGCAGUGUCUUACACACCCGACUCCUGGCCUGAGCAGGGGAACAGGGACUUGGUUGCUGGCGGCACGACCGGCCUGGGCUUCGGGAGCAGGGGGUCCGUCUCAAACUUUAUGAGCCGUAUGCAGCAGGACUACAUGGGGCGGCCUGAGAUGCCCGGUGCCAGGCAGUCUGGGUACCCCUCCCAGGUACACAGGUUUGAUGAGUACACGGGGCCUCGUUCCGGUACCUGGGAUUCUGGGCGGCAGGGUUUUGGGUACCAGGACAGGCCUUCGUCUAGCCGGGCUAUUAGCAGGGUGUAUGGAAGUUCAUCUUCCCAGCCUAUUUCUGGUAAUCUCGCCUCUAUUACCCAGUCCACACUGGAUGAGAAGCAGAGGCUCAUCACCAGGGUGACAUCCGCUUUAAUGGCCACUUUUAAAGACCCCUCAUGCAUGAAUGGCCCAGACACGACAAACUACAACUUCAUUCUCAGCCGCAGCAUACAGGCCUGUAAGACAAACCCGGAGUACAUCUACGUCAACCUGAAGGACAUCCCACCCGCGGACCUACCCAGGAACCGCAAGGUGCCCUCGGAUGGCUAUGCCUGUGAAUUGCGUUGUCAGUGUGUGUAUCUGGCUACUGGCUACUCGGGCAGUAAGAACGGAGCUCGGGACCGGGCGUCUGAGCAGGCCGUCAAGCUCUUUAUGAAGCCUGUGGAGGUGCGGGUGGUCCAGCGCCGCUACAGGCACACGUAUGUUAACGACAUGGUGGUAUGCCAAGUACAUUCCCCAACACCUUCCUUCCUGCCUGCACUGCGCAAUCCUGAGGAAAAGCCGCCACCAAGCUCUAGGGGCCAGUACGAGCACGACAAGCGCAAACACUGGACUGAGUUUGUGAUUGUGGACAACGCUCACGACGCCAUCUGCAUACUCAACAACUCCGCCGCCUUCAACCGAAUGAAGAUAGACUACAAGUUCGAUCUCCUGCAUCACAGCAGCACUUGGAGGUGCAGUGUCUACCUCCAGGAUGAGCUGGUGGCUCAGGCCAAUGGGAACAAGAAGACCUCCAAGCACGCAGCAGCUGAAGAAGCCCUACGGAAGCUGCGUAUGAACCAAGCGGCCAAGCAGCAGCAGCAGUUUUCUAGAGGAAACCACUACGAAGCUCCAGGGGGCCGCUAUGGCGCUCGCAAGAAGCACUUAAGCGAGCUUGUCAUCCUGGAAAAUUCGGAUAACGCCAUCUGCAUCAUCAAUGACACAGCCCAGUUCAACAAGGUCGCAGCUGACUACAAGUUUGCAGUUCUGCCGGAUCACCGCUGGAAGUGUGAUGUGUAUCUGGAGGGCCAGUACGUCGCUUCCGGGAUAGGGCCAAAGAAGACGGUGAAGCACAUUGCAGCCGAGGAAGCCUUGGCCACCUUACGGCAGACACAGGCUGUGGUCAAGUCCAACCUGAGAAAGGAGGGCAACGUCGAUGUCAUUUCCCGCAACCAGAUCCUUGCCCGGGUUGGGGAAGACAUGUCACGGCAAGAGAUCAAGGAGGACAACAUUGGGAACCAAAUGUUACGCAAGAUGGGCUGGAAGGGUGGCGGGCUCGGCCGGGAUGGUGAGGGCAUCGCAGAGCCGAUCCGAGUGAAAGAGCAGUUCUCCAGGGAAGGGCUGGGCUUGGAUGCAGACAAACCUGGCAAUCAGCUUAGCAAGAAGGACAUCGAGGACAUCAUCCGUGAAUACGCCAGCUCGGACCGGCAGGACGACCUGCGCUUCUCCACAGAACUCAAUAAUGAUGAGCGCAAGCAGAUCCAUCAGGUGUCGCAGAAGUACGGCCUGCGCAGCAAGUCCUACGGUCAGGGCCGCCAGCGUUUCCUCAUUGUUAGCCGUAAAGUGCACAAGGACCAGCUGAUCGACCAGCUCCUACAGGAGGGCCAGGUUGGCCGUUAUGAGCUCGUGAAACCUCAGGCCUCUCAUUGACUUACCAAAACGUUUUAGGGUGGCACAAGGCUGCUACAGGAAACUCUUUGUGAAGCUCGUGGCUAGACAUUUCCGCUUUACACAAACUAACGGCGUAUUCCGAAGGUGUGUGACUUUCGGAACGCCCUCCGUUCUGUAUUCCUCAUCCUACAGAAGUGAAGAAUGAGUGAUGUGCUUACCAGAGGCAAAUUUGUAUUUAUUUUUGUAUGGGUCUGCUCUCCUAUCCAUCUCUAAAGCUGUCAUUCCACUAGUAAAAGUUCAACCUGCUGUAGCUGUUGCCCUUUUGUUCUCGUGUGAAGAUGAAGUGGAAAUUUUAUGGUUAGUCUUCUCACACGAGCCACCUUUUACAAGACCAGCUUCCCUGUGAAUUGCAUUGGAAGUCAUUGACCUUUCACAUAUUAAAGUAACCGAUAACAUUGAUGACAUAGGUAUCCCCUGUAGGGGGAAACUCACGUUGGUUAUUGGCAAGUUAAAAACCGGGCUUGGACCUUGAUGUCGAAGAUGGAAAAGAGAAUAACCUGACAUGUGAAAUGGCAACGUCAUUCUCUGCUGUUUUAUGUUCUCUGUACAAGUGGAAGGUAAAAGUUGUGUUAAAGUCAAGGCUGUCUGUGAGCUGGCCACUUCGAUUCCGGUCUGCUGUACUGUCCGUUUUGUUUAGUUUCGGUAAAUACAGACGACCCUUCUCUGUUUCUACAGCUGUAUUAACUAUCAAUAACAAAUAAAUAUAUCACUGAAGCGAUGAA